CCUUUAUGACCUAAAAUUUGCAACUGCUGUUUUUAUUUACAGAUGGUUUCUAAUUAUAAAAGAAAAACCAAUAGAGGGGCAUGGAAUGAGAAGAACAUGGAGCGAGCGUUGCAGGCUGUAGCGGAAAAGCGCAUGGGUUGGUUAAAGGCUAGCAGGUAUUACCAAGUGCCCCAGGCAACACUUCGCCGCCGUGCCAUGAAUCGAAAUAAAAUAGCAGUUGGUACAACAAAGCAUCUUGGCAGACAUGAAACAACCUUAAAUCGAGAACUAGAAGAGGCUCUAGUGGAGCAUAUGCUAGCACUGGAAGCCAGAUUUUUUGGCUCAACUACCGUAGAUGUCCGCAUUUUGGCAUAUGAAUUUGCAUUGAGAAUGAAGUUAAAACAUCAAUUCAAUAACACGAAAAAAAUUGCAGGCAAAGGUUGGCUACGCUCUUUUCGACUAAGGCAUCCGAAUAUAUCUUUACGUCAGCCAGAGGCAACAUCAAUGGCACGCGCUGAAAGUUUUAACAAACCACAAGUAAAGACCUUUUUUAAAAAUCUACGUAACGUAAUAAAUAAUGAAGAAAUCGACAAAAGUAUGAUUUUUAACAUGGACGAGUCAGGGUUGACAACUGUACAAAAUACUUCUAAAAUUUUUGCGCUAAAAGGAAAGAAACAAGUGGGUGCUAUCACCAGCGGGGAAAGGGGAGUAUAUUCAACUGUAGUAGCGUGCAUGAGUUCAGGGGGAACUUAUAUUCCACCUGCUAUAAUUUUUCCUCGGAAGAAAUUCAAUCCAACAUUAUACGACGGAGCGCCCCUUGGGACUUUAUGUUUGUACAAUGAAUCAGGUUACAUGACCGGGGAACUAUUUUUAAAGUGGAUGGAACACUUUAUUAAACAUGUUCGACCGAACACCAAAAACAAAGCCCUGCUAAUUUUAGACGGGCAUGUCAGCCAUAAAAAUUUAGAAGCAUUGGAACUUGCAAAAAACAAUUCAGUGGUGCUAUUUUGCUUGCCUUCACAUUGCACACAUCGUCUCCAACCUCUCGAUGUGUGCUUUUUCGAGCCACUAAGUAACUACUACGAUGCAGCAGCAACUCAAUGGUUGAAGGAAAAUCCGAGUCGUGUCAUCACUCUUUAUCAGGUCGCCUCGCUUUUUUCUUCCGCCUACAAUAAAACCGCAAUACCAACGAUAGCUUUAAGCGGAUUCAAAGCAACAGGGAUCUUACCUUUCAACCCGGAUAUAUUUCCAGAACACAUGUAUUUGCCCAGCACAGUAACUGACGUACCACUUGAGGCCGAUAAUGCAAACACUGAAUCCCUUAAUCCGGGUGCAUGUUUCGCUGCAGCAGAACAUUUGAAUGAAGAAGAUCCGCAGUCAUCUACAACAGUAAAUACAAAGCCACAUGAACGUGUAGAGUCUUCAGCUAAUAACGUCACAAACGUUUUGUUGCAAAUUUCACCUCUUCCUCAGGGAAAUGCAAGAAAGUCCAGAAGAAGAAAGGCCAAUAGUUACCAAGAUGUUCUUACCACGAGUCCAUACCUCCAGAGUCUUCGCGAACAACAGAAUAUUAAGAAAGCGAGAGAGGUAAGAGGAAAUAAGCAAAACUCAGUAAAGAAAAAUGUGUUUGAUGGUACCUUAGAAUGUGGAGAUAAAGACACUCAAAAAGAUUGUCGAGAUAAGACAACCGGAAAAUUAAGAAAAAGUGAACGAAGUGCGGCAGUUAAAAUCUAUGAAAAUAAAUCAGACUAUGAAGAGCCCUUUAAUGAUGACGACGACGAUGAUUGUGCAUGCCUCUAUUGCAAUGAGUUAUAUAGCCUAUCCAAAUGUCAAGAAGGCUGGUUACGUUGCCAAAUGUGUAAAAUGUGGGCUCAUGCAGAGUGUGCAGGACUAUCAAUGAAGGCUAAGAACUUUAUUUGCGAAUUAUGUUGUGAUAAUUGAUCACUUUAUGUAUAAAUCCACGUAUAUGCCGUCUUGCCCUCUAGGGUAGGGCAAGAUGACAUUUUGACUCUUUUUUGUUUUACAUUUACAGUUUUAAAAUGGAGUUCUGAUUUUGUUUUUCACUUGAUAAAUAUUAAAAAAGAAUGUUUUGUUUGUAUUAUGGCGCUUUUUAAUUCAUGUUACCUUUUACAUUUUUCAAAAUAAAUCGAUUUUACCUUCGAGUAUGUCGACUUGCCCACCACCCUUCCCCUACAGUUAACCUAGUAUUUUCUGGAAGGAAUCGAAUAAGAAGGUGCAAAGAAAUUUAAAAAAUAAAUUUUCCUGCGGUCCUGAUAAUUCUCCUGUUUCGAUACUUAAAUGUCACGUCGAGUCAUUCAUAGAAUCACUAGUUGUAAUUUUUAACCUCAUUCUUAAGACAACAAUAUUUCCAACUGCGUGGGAAAAUACAAGAGUUUGUCCUAUUUUUAAAUCAGGUUCAAACUCUGAUAUAUCGACUUUUGGCUCUUAUAUCAGCAUUCUCUAAAUUGUUCGAAAUUAUCUCGACAGAUUACUUGUAUGCUCAUGUGCGUUGUUUGAUUACCAGCAGUCAACAUGGUUUUGUGAAAGCUCGGAGUACGGCAAAAAAUCUUUGUAUAUUUACAGAAUAUGUUUCGUCAGCUUUAGAUUCAAGACAACAGGUGGACGUCGUAUACACUGAUUUCAGUAAAGCAUUUGACCGAGUCUCACACAAUAAAUUGGUAACAAAAUUAGAUCAGUUUGGAAUUUCCAAUAACUUUCAAAUAUUACUGAAAUCAUAUUUAACUGAUAGGAGUUUGUUCGUAGAAUAUCAAGGCUUUCGAUCUUUUCGUUUUGUUGCCACGUCUGGAGUACCUCAGGGAUCAAAUCUGGGUCCCUUAUUAUUUCUUCUUUUUGUUAAUGAUAUCUGCUCCAUCAUAGACUCUGAAACACUGAACGAUAUGAAAAUAUUUCGCAAAAUUAAUCGUAUUUCCGACUGCGUUAAACUUUAACAGGAUAUCUCUGCCAUUAAUGAAUGGUGUUUCAAUAAUCAACUAUUCUUCAAUACAAAGAAAUGUAAAGUAAUGUCCUAUACCCGAAAGAUCAAUAACAUACAUUUCGAUUAUAAGGUCAACAACAUUUUACUGUCUUCUACCUCAGAGUUUAAAGAUCUUGGUGUUAUAUUUGACAGUAAAUUAACAUUCUCAACUCAUAUUAAUACCGUGGUCUCUAA